AUGCCGGACCAUGCUGAGGAAGGGCAAGAACGCUCCCUAGCGAGCAGGCUUGUAGAUGCUGAGAAAGAAGUUAGGAAGAAAGUAAACCCUAAGGACAUGCAUGCAAUUGAGUUAGAGCUGCAGGAAGAACACGCGCAGCUGAUGCUGGAGAGGAGACAUGAAAUCCAAGCGCUUAAAGAGAAGAUUCACAGGCUAGACACCCUCGUAACUGAGCUGCAGCAGCAGCGGCAGCAGCAGCAGCAGGGUCUUCUCGCCAGCGUCUUUACAUGCAACUGCAACGCGACCACUGAAGACCCCACAACAGAACAUACCAUUGCCGUGCCUUGA